AGGACUUACAAUUGGAACAGAUGGAAAUUAAAUUAAAAUAGAACGGUUGUGGACGGAGGAGAAGAGGACUUACAAUUGGAACAGAUGGAAAUUAUAGCGCCGUUGGUUGCUUCUUCACGUGGCGAAGCAUAUCCUUUACUUUACUACUUUAUUUCUCUUCUUAGCAAUGAAAAGACGGUUUACAUUAAUUAAUAAAUAAACAAAUAAAUUCAUACCACAACGUGUCAUCAUCAAAUAAAAAAAUACUUAACUUCUUAAUUAAAACCUCCAUUCUUCCACACUCUUCACUCUUCUCCUUAUGGAGACUGCUUUAACCUGAACCUUGAUCGAAGCUGAUUCUGGACUUCAAUUUAGAGACAUGAUUUCCUCUCUGAGUUUUAAUCCUCUCAUUUCUUCCUCUUUAAACAUUGGCUGCAUCAUUCACACCUCGAAAAAUAAGCAGCAACUUGCCAAGCAAAAGCCAGUAGAGUUGGCCCUGGGCUAUCAGAAUCCAAAUGGAUGCAAGGUGUUCGGUUUUGAAUCAAGAGGAUCAAUAUUUGAGAGGGUGAGCUCUGGUUUCAAACGCAUAGCCGUUAUGACAGAUGGCACAUCAACAUUGUCAUCCGUUGAAGAAGACUUUGAAAACAUAGGCAUCUUGCAUGUUGAUUCAUCCCUAAAACCAUACAAAAAUCACUUCAAAUAUAGACUGAAGAGAUAUCUAGAUCAGAAAAGGCUCAUUGAAGAAUAUGAAGGAGGUCUUGAAGAAUUUGCAAAAGGUUAUUUGAAAUUUGGAUUUAACAGAGAAGAAGGUGGCAUUUUGUACCGUGAGUGGGCACCUGCUGCUCAGGAAGCACAAAUUAUUGGGGACUUUAAUGGGUGGGAUGGUUCCAACCAUCACAUGGAAAAAGAUCAAUUUGGUGUAUGGAGCAUUAAGAUCCCUGAUGCUGAUGGAAAUCCAGCUAUACCUCAUAAUUCAAGAGUAAAGUUUAGGUUCAAACAUAGUGGAGUUUGGGUUGAUCGCAUCCCUGCUUGGAUUAAAUAUGCCACUGUUGAUCCUACCAGAUUUGCUGCGCCAUACGAUGGUGUCUACUGGGAUCCACCACUUUCAGAGAGGUAUCAGUUUAAAUAUCCUCGUCCUCCGAAGCCAAAAGCUCCACGGAUAUAUGAAGCUCAUGUGGGAAUGAGUAGCUCUGAACCCCGCAUAAACUCUUACCGGGAAUUUGCAGAUGAUAUUUUGCCACGUAUUCGGGAAAAUAACUAUAAUACAGUUCAGCUGAUGGCUGUGAUGGAGCAUUCUUAUUAUGCAUCAUUUGGAUAUCAUGUAACAAACUUUUUUGCUGUGAGCAGUAGAUCUGGAACCCCCGAAGAUCUUAAAUAUCUGAUCGAUAAGGCACAUAGCCUGGGUUUGCAUGUUUUGAUGGAUAUUGUCCAUAGUCAUGCUAGUAAUAAUGUUACUGAUGGACUCAAUGGCUUUGAUUUGGGCCAAAGUUCACAAGAAUCUUACUUCCACACCGGAGAUAGAGGCUAUCACAAACUAUGGGAUAGCAGACUUUUUAACUAUGCCAACUGGGAAGUUCUUCGUUUCCUUUUAUCUAAUUUAAGGUGGUGGCUUGAGGAGUUCAAAUUUGAUGGAUUUCGAUUUGAUGGAGUGACAUCAAUGCUGUACCAUCAUCAUGGAGUCAACCUGGCAUUUACAGGGGAUUAUAAUGAAUAUUUUAGUGAAGAAACAGAUGUGGAUGCUGUUGUCUAUUUGAUGUUGGCUAAUUGUCUAGUCCAUAAUAUUUUGCCAGAUGCAACUGUCAUUGCUGAAGAUGUUUCUGGCAUGCCUGGACUCGGCCGACCAGUUUCUGAGGUGGGAAUUGGUUUUGACUAUCGACUAGCCAUGGCUAUCCCUGACAGGUGGAUUGACUACUUGAAGAACAAAAAAGACAAUGAGUGGUCAAUGAAAGAAAUCUCUUCAAAUUUGACAAAUAGGAGAUACACUGAGAAAUGUGUCUCCUAUGCUGAAAGUCAUGACCAAGCCAUUGUUGGGGACAAAACUAUUGCAUUUUUACUAAUGGAUAAAGAAAUGUAUUCUAGCAUGUCUUGUUUGACUGAUCCUUCUCCCACUAUUGACCGGGGGAUUGCUCUUCACAAGAUGAUACACUUCAUAACCAUGGCAUUAGGCGGAGAAGGCUACCUUAAUUUCAUGGGGAAUGAGUUUGGCCAUCCGGAAUGGAUUGAUUUCCCAAGAGAAGGCAAUGGAUGGAGUUAUGAGAAGUGCAGGCGUCAGUGGAAUCUGGUGGAGACAAAUCACCUGAGAUACAAGUUCAUGAAUGCAUUUGACAGAGCAAUGAACCUGCUUGAUGAUAAAUUCUCAAUCCUUGCAUCAACUAAACAAAUUGUGAGCAGCACAAACAAUGAAGACAAGGUUAUAGUCUUUGAACGUGGGGAUCUGGUGUUUGUGUUCAAUUUCCAUCCAGAUAAUACAUACGAAGGGUAUAAAGUUGGGUGUGACUUGCCAGGGAAAUACAGAGUUGCACUGGAUAGUGAUGCACGGGAAUUCGGAGGACAUGGAAGAGUGGGACACGAUGCAGAUCACUUCACAUCCCCAGAAGGCAUACCAGGAGUUCCUGAAACAAAUUUCAAUAACCGGCCCAAUUCCUUCAAGGUCCUUUCACCCCCUCGUACCUGUGUGGUAUAUUAUAGAGUGGACGAAAGCCACGAAGAAAACAACAGUACAAAUGUGGGUGUGGUUGAAGAGACAUUUGCUGCAGCAGAUACUGAUCUUUCUACGGAAAGCGAAGAUAGCAAUUUGGAUCAGAUAGAAGAGAACUUAGAAGAUGCAGUUGUUCCCAAAGUUAAGGUUGAAAGUAAAGAUGUUGAAACAAAUUCGAAGACGCAUACAAAAUGGAAGAAGACGCAGACAAAAUGGAAGAGAACUUAGAAUAUGAAGAUGGAGACAAAUUUGAAGAAGAUGCAGACAGCUGAUAAUCUUUUUCCGUCGGAAGUUGGGAAUCAUAGCAAUUUUCACUUGUCGACAAAGAAAUCCUGAGAAAAUUUUGAAGAAACUUUUGUCCAUCAAAUCAUCUUUCUACUCUGUAUAUUAUGUGUAUGUAUAUGUAUAUAUAAUGAUCACAAAUAAAUUAUGUAUGCACAAAACAUUACUACCAGUCAUGUAUGAUGAGAAUCCUUACAGGAUGGUGGUGGUCAUGAACUCAUUGUUAUGUAAUGUGCAUCUUGAACUUUGUUUUCUCCUUACUGGGAAAGAUUUCAACAAAAACAUACUUCAGUGCCUCCAA